UUUUUUUAGUAUUGCCCCCCAAUGCUGUUUCCCAGCUAUUUUUAUGGGGAAAUGGCACUGCAAAUGAGAAAUGCCACAGAUAUUAAUUAAGAAAGCAAGGGGUAAGGGGAAAAGAGGAAUAGUUUUAAAACGCCAUGAUCCCUUCCUUACCCAGAUUCCAUUUUAGGAUUCACUCCUAUCCCUACACACUUAGUAAGUUCCAUUGAACUCAGUAGGAUUUGCUUCUGAGCAGAUAGGCAUAGGAUUGCAUUGUAAAUAUCUGAAUAAUUCAGGGCUUAUAUUAAAUGAAACAGUGGGAGAGUCAAGAUAGGCUAUCUUGGUUUGUUUAAAUUUAAAAGCAGCCAUUCUAGGAGUGGGGCCUGAGAUUAGAUCAGGGCCAUGACACUAAAUGGGGAGGCAGCUUUCCUUGUGCAGUUCCCCAAAUCUAACCUUCACACACACACACCCUAAAAGCUUGCUAUUUGUCCUACAGGACCAAAGCAUGCAAGUACUCUGAACUAGUCCUAAAAAUGAAAGCUCUUUAUUUAAAAACAAAAAUAAAAAAAGCAAAUGAAAUAGCAGAGGUGGAAAUUAGGUGGUUCCCAUAAGGAUUUCCCAUGGAAGAAAAAUCCAACCGCCCACCCCUGCAUUCAACAAUGUUUUUGUGUAGUUUUACUUUUAAGGGUAUGUAGGAUUUAUUGGGACGCCAAAUCCUGCUUCGAUCUAGAGCACCAUAAGAUACUGGCAUUAGCCAGUAUCUGUUUUAUAACUGUUAUAAAACCGUUCCCAGCCAACAACGUUACAAAACGAGUUGGCUAAGACCGAAGAGUCAUUCUGGGCAGAAUGUGGUAUGAUGGUUGAUGAACAGCUAUAAAUAAUGGCAAGCCACUAGUUAUCAGUCCAACAGUGGCUUUCCACAAUUAAUUAUGUCCGUCCUGCGCCAUUCACGGCACUGUUCUGCCCCCUGGUGGAGAACACUCCAUGAGGCCACAUUCAAAUUAAGCCAUAAAUUAACACAGGAUGGGUACACUUUUAGCUGAAGCCGUUUUGAAAGGUGAUUGCAUAUACAAUGCAUACCCGUUCCACUUUUGCCCUUGAAAAACAAAAGUUGCACUUUUUUCUUGUAGAGUUUCAAAAACCUGCAAAAGCUGUUUGACCAGAACCAACAGAGGGCAUAAAGAAUUUGAGCUGUCUCAAACCAAAACGAUUUUCUAACUGCAAGCCUGAGAAAUUACAUACUGGAAUGCCGCUCUAGACCACAUGUGCUGCCAUGGCCCUGCAACUGAUUACUCUUACAACUCCUUCUUCCUGCAUUGGAAGCCCAACAUAGUCUGUUGUGACAUUGAAAGCUCAGCUCAGGAAGAAAUUAUGGCCAGAUCAGCAGUACAGCAGACACCUGUAAGAAAACAACUCAACAAAGACAAAGGAAGAUUGGAGCCAAAAGAAGAAAAUGCAUCUCAAGAAAAUGCAUCUCAAGCAAAUGCCAAACGUGACUCUGGUUCUCUGCUUCCCAGGAAAAUGUGGGGCACCUCAGACUUUGAAUUUGGCAAGCCACUUGGCAAGGGGAGAUUUGGAGCGGUGUACUUGGCCCGGGAGAAAAAGACUCACUUCAUCUUGGCCUUGAAAGUCAUUUUCAAAUCAUUGCUGGAAAAAUCUCAGCUAGAGCACCAGCUCAGAAGAGAAAUAGAAAUCUUAAGUCACCUCAGACACCCAAAUAUCUUAAGGAUGUAUAACUACUUCCAUGACCACACCCGGGUUUUUCUGAUGUUGGAAUAUGCUCCAGGAGGAGAACUGUACAAGGAGCUACAGAAGAAAACACACUUUGAUGACAUCAGAACAGCCACUUAUAUGGAAGAAAUAUCUGAUGCUCUGAUGUACUGCCAUGCUCUAAAAGUGAUCCAUAGAGAUAUUAAGCCAGAAAACCUCCUGUUAGGAUUAAGAGGGGAGCUGAAGUUGGCAGACUUUGGAUGGUCAGUGCAUGCUCCAUCACUUAGGAGGACAACAUUCUGUGGCACUGCAGACUACCUUGCUCCAGAAAUGAUAGAGGGGAGUCCACACAGUGAGAAUGUCGAUGUGUGGUGCGUUGGUGUCCUUUGUUACGAGUGUCUUGCAGGAUAUGCACCAUUUGAAGCACCAACACAGAUGGAGACUUUCAGAAGAAUAAAAGAUGUUAACUUUUCAUUCCCUUCUUGGGUGUCAGAUGGAGCCAAGGACCUAAUAUCCAAAGUACUCAACCGUACACCUUCCCUGCGGCUUCCCUUGAAAGAAAUAAUAGCGCACCCAUGGGUUAAGACCAACUCUAGGAGAAUCUUGCCGCCUGUCUACAAUGAAACAGAAGAGUAGAUGCCUGUGUAUAUCCAGAAGGCUGUUGAUUACUCCACAUGUGCAUCUGUCUUUUUAGAUAGUUGGCCGCAAUGUCAGACAGCAGCUGAACCAGAAUAUCAAGCUUCUGCUUUCUGUUAAACCAGGUGUGAGAAGCCAGUGCCCCAGCAGCUGAUGUUGGAAUCCAUCUCCUAUCUUCCCUGACCGUCAGCCAUACUGACUUGAGACGAUGGGAGUUGGAGUCUAACAACAUCUGGAAGGCCACAAGUUCCCAUCCCUCCUAAACCACUGUUUUACAAAGAAUUAUUGUCGCUACUUAACUUGUAAAUUUACUGUUAACUGUGGAGCUUUUAUGAACUGAUAUAAUGAGGAAGAAAAAAAGCUAAACUUUGUAUAAUUUUAAACUUUGUAUAAUUUUAAAGAAAUAAACACUUGCUAAUGAAUCUCAA